UGCGGCAGGAAAACCGCACCACGGCACCAAGGAACAGAAUAAAGGAGGGAAUGCCAAACACAUAGGCAAUUCCUACAUGAAUACAUGGACAUAAAAGGGAGAAGCCGUGUGUUGUAAGAGAACCAAAAGAAUGGAAAUACUUGUGUUUCCAUUCUAGCUGAAGAGCGGUUUUUCCUCUGAAAUCCAAGGAAAACCUUCGCUGCUUGGUCCGACGAAGCCCAUUUCAUCUGGUAGACAGCAGUAUGGAUGAAAAACACCAAGACUAACUGAUCAUUGUGUCAACGAAGAUCGAAUAAGAAGAAAAAAUCUCAGCAAAAGUCAGAUUUUAUCACUUAAAGGAACCCUGAAUACUCGGAGGAAAGACGCUGCAUGUCAUCAUUUUACAGCCGUUAAUUGUUUUUUCAAGAAAUUCCAGAAGUGGGAUGCCUUCGCGUUGUGUUGCUUCAUAGGAUUCAACAACACAGUUCAGGGAGAAAUAUGGGUGAAGUCCAGGACGCCAUGGAUGUUAAAAAGACCUUCGUUGCUCCAGCAAUAAAGCCUUUUGAGCACUAUGACUUCCCCCGGGCAAAAAUCUGUUGCAGCCUCACAUGGCUGGUAGCCAAAGCUUAUGGGACAGACAAUAUCCCGGCUGAUUUCAAGGACCCCUUCUACACCGACCAGUAUGAGCAGGAGCACCUGAAGCCCCCCCUAGCCAGCCUCCUGCUGUCUGCAGACCUCUACUGCAGGGCCGGAAGCCUCAUCCUGAAGAGUGACGCUGCCAAGCCCCUGCUGGGCCACGAUGCUGUCAUCCAGGCGCUGGCUCAGCGCGGGCUCUACGUCACCGACCAGGAGAGGCUGGUCACUGAGAGGGACCUUCGGAAGAGGCCUCUGCAAAUGAGCGCUCAUAUGGCAUUGAUUGACACUCUGAUGAUGGCGUACACUGUGGAGACGGUUAGCAUUGAGAAGGUGAUGGCCUGCAUUUGUCAGUAUUCGUACCGCGACCCUGAGGUGGAAACACCUUAUGACACAGAGGACGCAGUGAACACCUGGAUCAACAAGGUUAAUGAGUAUCUGAAAGACGUUGUGGCUCAGGAGCACAGGAAGAGUGAGACGCAGAGCGCAGAGUCUGCUGGGGGUCCUCGGUCUCCAACCAAGUGGUACAUGAAGCUUGUGCCUGCCCGCUACAGGAAGGAGCAGUCCUCUACCCAGAUGGUUCCCUGGAUCCCCCCAGUGGACAACCUGCUGAAAGACAGCACAGACGGCUCGGCACUGAGCGCGCUGCUGCACUUCUACUGUCCUCAGCUGCUACCACUGGAUGAUGUGUGUCUGAAGGAGAAUAUGACGCUGGCUGACCGGCUCUACAACCUGCAGCUCAUACAGGAUUUCUGCAAAGACAACCUGAACGACUGCUGCCACUUCAGCCUGGAGGACAUGCUCUACUCCUCCUCCACCAUCAAGAACAACUAUCUGGUGUUCAUGGCAGAGCUGUUUCAGUGGUUUGAGGUGGUAAAGCCGUCUUUUGUGAAACCAAGAAUGCUGGACCAUGAAGGCACAGACCCCUCAUCCUUGUUGAAGAACAUCUCAGCCAUCCCCAUUUCCAAGGCAACCAAGAGGAGCUUCAUGGAAAGACCUCCAAGUCCUGAAAGACCCAGUUUGCCCCUCCGACCUCAGCCUCGAAACUCAGGAGAGAUCAAAAGGUCAACCUCAAUGUCCUUUGUCGAUGGAAACCUCGGCACAUGGCCAAAAGAAAAAAGGUCAGGGCCUUAUGGAGUGUCUUUUGACAUCCCCUUUGACAAAGAGGACUCUGCCUCCGCCGGUCUUUCCUCCAUGCGUGGUAUGGUCAGGUCCAUCAGCACUGAUGAUGGUUCUGGUUUCAAAGUCCACCACCUGCCCCCUGGAAUGAAGCGUAAUCUGUCCUUCCAGCCUGUGAACGGUCAGAGUGUGGGCAUCGAUGAGGAGGGCUGCCCAGACAGCCUGGCUGGUGUGGAGCCCAGCAGGCGAUCAUACCCCAACGGACAUGGAAGUGUCAGGGAAACAACUCCCUCCAUUGAGGAAGCCCUUCAGAUUAUCCACAGCCCGAGCAGACCCCCAGCAGAGGGGAUCAACAGCGGCUUCUUCCUGCACUCUCCACAAGGGGCUGGGGUUGGUGUCUUGGAGCCAGUGUCAGAGUUGGACUCCAAAGGGUCUGUGAGCAUCACAGACACUACAGAGGUGGACACAGGCCUCCAUAUCCAAACAGAGGACAUGCUGGAUGAGGAUUCCUCUCUGAAAGACUGCUCUAUGAACAUGGACCUGGAUAUAGAUACGCCAAGCCCCUGCCCGAGCAAUCAGAGCAAAUCCCCCUCAGGAUUUAAGUUGACCAGCUUUGCAGAUCAGAAGAAGAAGAAGCAUACUCCAUCAUUGCCAGACUCAGGGAGGUGCAGCAGCAGCUCACUCAAGACCACUCCUGAGGGCUCUGAGUUUGGACUUCCGUUAUCCGUCUCUUGGGCCCCGACCCCCGAGCACAGCCCCAUCCGUCAACAGAUCCCAUCACCCCUCACUGCUAAAACAUCGCCCACACCUGUACAACUUCCAGCGAAUGACCCCGCUCAGGUCAUGGCUACAGAGAUGGUACAGCUGAGGAUGAGGCUGGAGGAGAAACGCAAAGCCAUCGAAGCACAGAAGAAGAAAGUGGAGGCUGCUUUUACAAGGCAUCGACAAAAGAUGGGUCACUCUGCGUUUCUCAAUGUGGUAAAGAGAAAGGGAGAUGGGGCAGCCAGUGGGGAGGAAGGAGGGAAACUUGAGGGAGAAGGCAAGGCAGCAAGCACAAGUCCUACCUUUAAAUUUGGGAGGAGCAAAGCAGACACACCUGAUGGGGCAGAGCAAAGCAACACAGCCUCCUGUUGGACAAAGUCACCCGGUGCAUUAGAGGAAGGUGGGCAAAGCCAGGCUCAGCCAACAGAGGGAGAUCUCUCCGAGUAUACACGUUCUAUUGACAAACUCAACCAUUCACUAGCCUUCCUUCAGACUGAGAUGCAGCGACUGGCUCAGCAGCAGGAAGUCAUCAUGGCCAUGCGGGAGAAACAACACCAGCAGGUGUGGGUAAUCCCUCCUUCAUACGUAAACCCAUCGCCACAAAAACAGAGUCGAGCCGUUACCCGAUCCUCAGGACCCUCUUCCCCUGCCGACUCCCCUCAUUCUACUCACCGAUCUCCAACCAGCAUCAAACGCAAAUCUGCGUCUUUCCAUUCACGUAAUCCUCGCAAUGCUCGGCCAAACGAGCUAAAGCUCGCCCCUUAUAAUCGAGUCCUAACUGCCCCACAAUCUGUCGACAGCAUCCCCAGGCUACGGCGGUUUUCUCCCUCCCAGCCCUUGGCAUAUGCCAUGGUUUACUUGGGGGAGAAACCAGCAACCGCCAAUACCGACACAAUAGAUGGGGAAAAAGACAAGGAGACAGAGUCACUCCUUUCCCCAGAGAGGGAGAGUGCCAGUAUAUGUGUAGCCAAAUCAGCGCCCAGCUCCCCAAACCUCCAGCUGAAAGUAGAACCAACUGAAGCAGACUCAGUUCAGCCGCCGUUAACAGAUCUGAAACCUCUCAUAGAGUCAUCAGUUCCUGAGGUUCUGGCCCACCCUGUGGUAGAGACUUUCACAGUGACACCUACAGAGAUCCCCCCCCAGCCAGAAGACCCAGGCCAAGUGAAGAGCAACUUGAUAGAGGUUCCUCUCUCAGUCGUGAAGCCACUGGAAGAUCUGACACUUGCUGAUGAUCUGGAUAUGCAGCAGGGGGAUGAGGACGAACAGAAGAUUUCUCGUGGUUUUUUCUUCAAGGCAGAUGGUGUGGCCGAGGAGGACAUGGCUCAGAAGAGGGCUGCACUGUUGGAGAAAAGGAUGAGGAGGGAGAAGGAGAGCCAGCAGAGGAAGAUGCAGCUGGAGGCUGAGGUGGAGCAGAAGAAGGAGGAAGCUCGACUGAAAGCAGAGGAGGAGCGCACUAGGAAGGAGGAAGAAAAGACCCGGAGGGAGUUCAUCAAGCAGGAGUAUCUGAGGAGGAAGCAGCUGAAACUGAUGGAGGACAUGGACACUGUCAUUAAACCUCGACCAGUCGGCGGGGCCAAGCAGAGGCGGGGGCGACCUAAGUCUAUCCAUCGUGAAAGCAUGGACUCCCCCAAAACCCCAGUCAGAGCUGCCACAGGUUCACGCCAACGUGUCUUUUCAGUCUCUAGCUUGUCCCUUGCUUCCCUCAACCUGGGAGACAGCGACAGUGUUCACUCUGAGAAGAGAUUGCCAAGAAGUGCUAGCUUAGCAUCUGGUGGUCUCUUCUACUAUCUGAACUCUCCUAAACUGAGAAGGAGAAGGCCAGAUUCUGCAGAUGGCUUCCUGUCCCCAAGUCGCUCCAGCAGCAGGAAUGGAGAAAAGGACUGGGAAAACGGAUCCACAACCUCCUCUAUUACAUCCAAUGCAGAGUACACCGGACCGAAGCUAUACAAGGAACCCAGUGCCAAAUCUAACAAGCACAUCAUCCAGAACGCUCUGGCCCACUGCUGCCUCGCAGGCAAGGUUAAUGAGGGCCAAAAGAACAAGAUCCUGGAGGAAAUGGAAAAAUCCGAGGCCAACAACUUCUUGGUUUUGUUCCGAGAUGGCGGCUGUCAGUUUCGCUCUCUCUACACUUACUGCCCCGAGAUGGAGGAGAUCAACAAGCUCACAGGUAUCGGCCCCAAGAGCAUCAACCGCAAGAUGAUAGACGGAAUCUACAAGUACAACUCGGACAAGAAGCAGUUCAGUCAGAUACCAGCUAAGACCAUGUCAGCCAGCGUGGACGCGGUUACCAUCCACGGCCAUCUCUGGCAAACCAAGAAGCCAGCCACCCCUAAAAAAGUAGUGCCUGUUUAGUCCUAAUGGAACUUGAUACCCCAGACUUCACCAUUACCCCCUCAAAUGGAACAUACCCAUUUCAAUUUGCACUUCACUGUAAAUAUUAAUGAAGAUUCAAGCACCUGCAAUGCCAGUUAGAUGAAUGCAUACUUGUCUUAUUAAUGUUUGUUUGUUUGUUUGUUUGUUUGUUUUAUCCUCUUAUUGCAUUCCUGUCCUUGUUUUUACUACUUACUAUGGACUGGACAUGAUAGGAUUCAAAUAUUAUGAACAACUGGAAUGUAUGUCACCUUUUAAGAAUGAUGUAAAUGCUUAUCACAUCUGUGUUUUUAGAGGUUUUACAUGUUUAAGUCUAAUUAUGAAGGCAUGUGUGAGUGUUUCUUUUUGUUUCCUAUGUGCCAAACAUCAAAAAAGAGACAGUAUGAAUGCCAGGACAUUUAAAUUAAGCACUGAAUGUUUUUAAUUCAUGUACAGAUUGAUUUAUGUUGUGCAUUAUCCUGUUGUGGGGCCUUAUACGCGUUUGUGUUAGCGUGUGAGCGCAAUGAGGUGAUUGCGAGACAGCGUAUACAGGGGCUUUUUUGUAUUUGGAAGAACACUUUUUUUCAUCUCUGUAGGUUAAACAAUUUGUAUAUUAAGGUACGUUAAACUACAAAGGGCCAAAAAACGAAUUGCAUACAGCUAGAAAUAGGAACACAGUUAAUGUGUGUUCAGCUCAACAAAGCCAAGCGGUUUCAGCUUUUUUUCAAAACCCUUUUUAAGAAAGAGAUUUCAAACAAUGAAGGACGUUACUGUAGAUCCUUGGUCCUCAACCUGUGUAGAGAAACAUGCAGACAAUUUAACGUAUGAUGUGGAAUAUUUCUGAUAUACAAAUAUGGUGUCAUGUUUGUACUAUUUUUUUCUCAAAAUAUACAGAAGUAGUUGCAACUUCACAUAUUCAAUCAAGUGCAAUUGAUUGACAUUGAAAAGUGGUUUCUUUUCACUUAGGGUUCACAACAAGGCAUUGCCUCAGCCAAAAAAGGUUGAGAACUAGUGUUUUCGAUCACUUUACUGCUGUUUCAGAGCAGAUUUGUGAACAAAUAAAACUCUUCAGUAUUGUUUAUAUUCUAUUUUGAAAUGCUGCCUAAUGCAACAUGUAGGAUCUUUGCAGUAUAUUAAUAUGGUGUACAAUUAAACUCUCACCCACUGGUAUCACUAUAUGAGAAAAUGUCAAGGCCUAAGAGGUUUUUUCUUUUCACAGCAGUAUCAGGAUUUCAAAUUAAAAAAUGAACUAGUACUUUCUUAUUUCGACAUUGUUGAAUCCCUUCAGAUUCACAACUUUCCUACACUUAUUUUACUCUUAGGCACUUUUGGUAAAGCCACCAAACAAAAAAUAUAAUUAACAUAGUACAAGGUUUAGCGCAUAGGUUAAAAAAAUCAAUUGCUCUGUUAUUAAAAAAAAUACAUCACAGCAAGUUUUGCCUGAUUAUUGAAUUAUGAUUGUCAUUUUCAACACCUCUAUGCAUCUUUUUCAGAAAUGUGUUGACCCAAGCUAAGUAUUAUGUGAAGUAUGUUUGCAGCAUAUUUUCAGUGUUGCAUAUGUCCUAAAAUGGCCAGAUGUAUAGUAAUUUGAUAGAUCUCAAUGAUAAAAUUCACAAAGGCAGAAUAAGUGAGACCCUUGUUGCUGCAUACGGGUAUACAUGUAAUCUGCUGAUAUGGUGCAUUGUUUUCAACUGGGGGGAUAUUUAUGACCAAAAGAGAGCAUGUACAUGUCAUUGAAAAUGUAAUCUAGUACAGAGUGUUUCCCUGUAGUUUAAUCAAAGGAUUUAUCCACAGAAGCUCUGUCCACCUGCUUACGGCUGUUUAAGGCCAGGAUGAAUGGUUAUUUAAACUGUAAUGAUAUUGUACAGUAUGUUCAUUUGAAAGCGUACCAAUUUAUUAGGAUGAAUUUGUUUGUUUGUCAGACGCUGUGCCGUCAUUCACCUUUUUGCUGAAAUUGAAGUUUCAUUUUUGCUUAGUUUUUGUCUUUUUUGGCAUUCAAUAAAACUAAGCAUGGUCUCAGUA